UAUUAUAUAAUAUUAUUAAUACACAGGUUAUAUGUUAUUAUUUAUUAUUUAUUAUUCUAUAGUACCUAAUAAAUAUAUUUUAGAUUCUAAACAGUAAUGAAUGUAUUGAUUUUAUUUAUUUUACAACCUUUAUUUUUAUUUUUUUGGGUUUGUCAUCACCUUUAGGGAAAAUAAGUGUUUCGAUUUCCUUAAUUAAAUAUAUUAAGGAAAUUAUGAAGUUCAUACAAUCAUACUGCAAUGUACAUUUAAAAAAGAAUCACCCUGUACAAAUACAUACAUUAUAGUUAUACAUAUCUAGGGUGAAAGACAUAAAUCAAUUGAUUUCAAGAUAAUAUCCACAAAAUAUCAAGUUAUUUUUAUUCAAUGUUUAGCAUUUUCUUUCAUCUUGUUUUGAAGGAAAUUCCCUUUCUUUUGUUAAGAUAUAACUGUUUUAUAACAAUACUUUCAGUCUCACACAUCUAUACUCUCAGUCUCACACAUCUAUACUCUCAGUCUUUUUCUCUAGUUUCUCUAUUUUUGAUUUUACAUUUUUAACAUACGAUGGAAAUCAUUAACUCUAAUAAAAAUAAGCCCAAAUUAUGUUUCGAGGGCUACAUGUACGUUCUCAAACAUACCGGAAAAAGUAGUAUUACAUGGCGCUGUAGUAAAGCAACUAUGCUCAAAUGUCCGGGGACCAUGUAUACAGAUCUUCAAAUGUCAAAAAUUGUCAAAAGUGGAACAACUCAUAUCAUAACACAUAGGCCAAACAAGAAAGAGGUUGAGGUAAGUAAGUGUUAUAAUGAAAUGAAAAAUCAAGCAAAGACUACCAAAAACAACCCAUCACAUAUUUUUGGAGAAUGCGUUGCAAAAUUAGACGACAAAAGUCAAAUGCCACCUGAAAACAUAGUCAAGCGCACACUACGAAACCAAAGAACAAAAAAUAAUCCUUUAGACUCUGAUGAAAUCGUGGAUGAAUGGUGUACAACGGGUGAGCCCCAUAAUAAAAGAUUUUUAUUGUUUGACGAUGGUGUGAAUGAGGAAGACCGUAUGGUAAUUUUUGCUACAGAUGAAGGUCUUCAACAUUUAUCAAAUAGUUCAAGUUGGUACAUGGACGGAAACUUUGGUUUGGCCCCAAAAGAUUUUCUUCAACUGUAUGUGGUAAGAGUUAAAAUACAAAAAACAUUUAUAACAUCUAUUUACUGUUUGUUGAAAAAUAAAAAUCAAAAAACUUAUGAAAAAAUGCUGACCAAAAUUCUAGAAAAAUGUUCUGAACGGCAAUUAUAUCCAGAUCCAACUAGCUUUCAUGUAGAUUUUGAAAAAUCUGUAAUCAACGCAGUGAAAUCUGUGUUGGGAGAGCAUGUGUGUAUUAAUGGCUGUUUUUACCAUCUUACACAAAGUACACACAGAAUGAUUCAAAAACUUGGCCUAGAACAAAUAUACAGAGAAGAUGAAAGUUUUAGUGAGUUUUGUAGAAAACUGGAUGGGUUGGCAUUUUUGCCUUUAGAAAUGGUUAAAGAUGGGAUGGCUCACUUAAAGAACAUAAUGCCAGAUCAUGCCAAUGAUCUAGUUGAUUAUUUUGACAAAACUUACGUAAAUGGGACUUAUAGACAGAUAGGUAUUCCAGGAGAGACUAAUAUACGUUUUAGAAAUUGUCCACCACUAUUUCCACUUGAACAGUGGAAUACUCAUGAUUUGACUUUGGAAGAUAGCGAUCGUACAAAUAACCAAACUGAAGGUUGGAAUAACCGUUUUUCUAGACUGGUCGGCCACAAGCAUCCAAGUAUUUGGGUUUUAAUAACCAAAAUGAGGUUAGAAGUUGCUACAGAUGAGACGAAGUUGGCACAACAAAGUCUAGGUUUAUUAAGCAACAAAAGAAAAUUACCGCAUUAUGAAAAAAAUCAAAAAUUAUUAAAAAAUCUCUGCUUGGAAAUCAAAGAAGGAAACAAAAGCUUACCAGAAUUUUUAACUGCAAUAGUACACACAAUACGUUUUUAUUGACCAAUAUAUAUUAUACUUUUAUACGUACCUAUAUACUUUUAUUAUCUACCUACUCGAAAAUUGACAUUACAAUAUUAUAAAAUUAGUGAAAAAUGUUUUUACUUAAUAAUGACCUAACCUUAUAUUUUAUAAUUUAUUAAUAUUAACAAUUUUAUUUUUAAUUAUUUUUUAUAUAUGAAUACGGACAAUACAGUAUGACCAACUGUGUUAAAAAUUUUGAAUAAUACUUUAAUUUUAAUUUUUUUAUAUGUUUAAUUAUAAUCAUUUUUUAAAUAUU